CAUUGCUUCGCCCCCCCUCCUUGCCUGACGACUCCCGCCGCAUCGAGCCGAGAAAGAAAAAGGAUAACAGCAGCGGGGAAACGGAAGAGCAUCAAACGCCCACCAGCGGCAGGAAGAGCAGCAGCAGCAGCAAAGGCAAUAAUAAAAGUCGGAGGCAUCAAAUCGAAAAGGUUUUUAUUAGCAUGGAAGCGAUCCAAACCCUGACCAAUUCGGGCCGAGCAGCAGGCGGAGAGUUGCAUCUGUGGCCUCCCCUGUUGCUCCUCCUCCCCGUCUCUAUUGCUAUCCGCUUUUGCGCCGCGGCGCGUCCACCGAUACUGUUCUUCGCGUUCGUGCCGUCCUCGGUAUUAUUGCUGCGGCCCCGUUCCCCCACUCGGCUGCUGUUCGUGUAUUUAUCGCGGAGGAGGAGGAGAUCGCAGGCGCGUGUGGUUAGGUUUGCUUGUUGUUUUGUGCUUCUGGUGUUCGCGUUCGUGUCUGGCUGUCUGGAGGCGGCGGGGUCGGCGAAUCUAGGGUUUUGGUCGGCCGCGGGAUGGAGUCCUCCGGCGAUGGGGGCGACGAGGGCGCCGCGGCGCCGUCGGCGGCGGGGAUGGGGAGCCCCGGCCCGGCGUCGGCCCCCGCGGCCGCUGGCGCCGGGAGUAGCGGAGCCGGUGCGUCUGGAUCCGGGGGGAAGCCACCGGUGAAGCGCGUCAUGAAGACGCCCUACCAGUUGGAGGUCCUCGAGAGGACGUAUACAGAGGACUCGUACCCAAACGAGACGAAGCGGGCGGAGCUGUCGGUGCAGUUGGGGCUCACAGACAGGCAGCUGCAGAUGUGGUUCUGCCAUCGCCGGCUCAAGGACCGGAAACCUCCGGCCAAAAGGCAGCAGCGGGAUGAGGAGGUCACCGUGCCAGUCAUAGCUCCACCGCCCGUCCUCCCGCCCCCAUUGCCACCCAGCGAGAUAAUGGUGGGGACUGUUGGGGCUUAUGGUGAGCCGAUGCUGCCUUACUCCAGGAGAGGGCCUGGCCGGUCAUCGGCUGUGCCUAGGAUAUCUGUGCCGGAGAUUGGGAGCAGAUACUAUGAGCCACCACCAGUCAUUCUGCCUCACAUGGCAGCCGUGCACCUUACACAAGCUGAGCACCGGGUGAUCGAUUCUGUGGAAGCAUCGAUAGGGGAACCGCUGAGGGAGGAUGGGCCAGUGCUUGGUAUUGAGUUUGAUCCACUUCCUCCUGGUGCAUUUGGCGCGCCUAUUGCAGUUCCAGAGCAACCGAAGCAGCCCUACCGAUCUUAUGAAAGCAAGAUGUUUUCUGGGCAUGAUCCUAAGCCCAUGAAGGCAUCAGCAUUUUUGCCUACCAUAGACCCUUUGCUUCCAAAUACAGUUACGGGGAAACGGAAGUCCUUGGUUGGGUCGUCUUCUCAUCUUGGUUCACAGGCAGUACAUGAAUACCAGUUUCUUCCUGAGCAGCCAAGUGAUAUGUAUGAGAGGGCAAGCCAUUCACGCUACUAUGAUGCUCCAACAGAGGUGUCAAAUUCGAGGAUAGCUUCUCUGUCUACGGGAUCACGUUUCCUCCAUGGAGCUGAGCAGGCACCCAGCUAUUCGUAUCACGGUCAAUUAUCUGCUUCAAGCCAUUUAGCUCAACAUGGCAGAUCACCCAUUCUAUCCGGAUCAGCAGAUCAUGAGGGGGCUCUGUCAAAUAUUAAUGUUAGCCCAGCUCCAAUCCAUGGCCAAUUUGGCAUUCCUCAAGUUGCUGGGUUCGAGAACUCCCAUGCAUCCUCUGAAAGAAUGGGUUAUCAUGAUGAAGAUAGCUAUCGUGUGGACAGGAAGCGCAAGCAUAACGAGGAAGCUAAGAUUGCGAGGGAAGUUGAGGCACAUGAAAAACGAAUCAGAAAGGAGCUUGAGAAGCAAGAUCUGCUGAACAGAAAGAGAGAAGAACAAAUGCGGAGGGAAACAGAGAGACAUGAUCGUGAAAGACGUAAAGAAGAGGAGAGGUUGAUGCGUGAAAGGCAAAGGGAAGAAGAUAGAUUCCAAAAGGAACAAAGGCGUGAACACAAGCGCAUGGAGAAGUUUAUGCAGAAACAAUCCAUAAGAGCUGAGAAACUAAGACAAAAAGAGGAGCUUCGAAGGGAAAAGGAGGCUGCAAGGCAGAAGGCUGCUAAUGAGAGGGCUACUGCACGCAGAAUCGCGCGAGAGUAUAUGGAACUGAUGGAAGAUGAGCGCUUAGAACUAUUAGAACUGGCCUGUCGUAGUAAAGGAUUGCCCUCGAUGCUUUCUCUUGAUAGUGACACAUUACAGCAACUUGAUUCAUUUAGAGAAAUGCUGGGACAAUUUCCUCCUGAAACUGUGAGACUGAAGGUGCCAUUUUCAAUAAAACCAUGGGCAGCUUCGGAGGAUAACAUUGGGAACCUUUUGAUGGUUUGGAGGUUCUUUAUCACCUUCGCUGAUGUUCUUGGGCUUCCAUCGUUCACAUUGGAUGAGUUCCUGCAGGCUCUUCAUGAUUAUGAUUCAAGGUUCCUGGGGGAGUUGCAUGUUGCUCUGCUGAAAUCUAUUAUAAAAGAUAUUGAGGAUGUUGCACGGACUCCUUCAGUUGCUUUGGGUGUGAAUCAGAGCAGUUCUGCUAAUCCUGGAGGUGGUCACCCACAAAUCGUUGAAGGGGCAUAUGCUUGGGGCUUUAACAUACUUAACUGGCAGCGCCACUUGAACUUUCUUACAUGGCCUGAAAUAUUGCGCCAAUUUGGUUUAUGUGCUGGUUUUGGGCCUCAGUUAAAGAAAAGGAAUGCUGAAACUGUAUAUUACCGUGAAGAUAAUGAGGGACGUGAUGGUGCGGAUGUCAUUUCCACUCUGCGAAAUGGUUCGGCGGCUGUGAAUGCUGCUGCUUUGAUGAAGGAGAGAGGGUAUACUAACCGUCGCCGGUCACGACACCGUCUGACACCUGGAACCGUAAAAUUUGCUGCUUUCCAUGUAUUAUCACUUGAAGGGAGCAAAGGUCUCACAAUACUGGAAGUUGCAGAAAAGAUCCAGAAAUCUGGACUGAGAGACCUUACAACAAGCAAGACACCAGAGGCUUCUAUAUCUGCAGCAUUGUCAAGAGACACUAAGCUUUUUGAAAGAACGGCACCUUCAACAUAUUGUGUUAAAACUCCUUACAGAAAGGACCCAGCUGACUCUGAGGCUGUGUUGUCAGCAGCACGUGAAAAAAUCAGGGUGUUUCAGAAUGCACUUUCGGAGUGUGAAGAAGUGGAGAAGGAUGUGGAUGAGGCUGAGAGGGAUGAGGAUUCCGAAUGUGAUGAUGCUGACGAUGAUGCUGAUGGUGAUGACAUGAAUAUUGACGACAAGGAUGCCAAAUCUCCCCUAGUUAGAGCUCAAGAUGGUGCACCAGUUACUGUAGUUGGUUUCAUAAAGAAACAAUCAAAUAGCGUGGUUAACACAUUAGCACCACAAAUCCCCCAGACUAAAUCCAGUGAAAUUGUCUCAUUGCAUUCUUUUGACAGUAAAGCAAGUACUUCAACUGAUCCAGCGGUUGGAGAUGACGCUAAAUACACUGAGAUAGAUGAAAGUAACCAAGGAGAAUCCUGGGUACAGGGGCUAGCUGAAGGUGACUACUGUGACCUUAGUGUGGAUGAACGCCUCAAUGCGUUGGUUGUGCUUAUUGGUGUUGCCACUGAAGGAAAUUCUAUCCGUGCAAUUCUGGAGGAACGUCUAGAAGCAGCAAGUGCUUUAAAAAAACAAAUGUGGGCUGAGGCACAACUUGAUAAAAGGCGUACAAGGGAGGACUUCACCAGUAAGACACAAUAUGAUUCUUGUGUGGGUUUGAAGGUUGACACAGAUCGAGAAAAUAAUGCUGCUGAGACCCUUACACCAGUGCAUAACCCUAUUAAAAACAAUGAUGGAAAUGCCAGUACGACGAAUAACGAUUUGCUUGUUGAUAAGCAGAAUCAGCUUAUUACGGGCGAUAUAGCUCAUCAGCAGAAUGGUGUAAGCCGAGAAUCGAGUAUUAAUCCAGAAAGCUUGUCUGUUCAGCAGUAUGCUUCAUCUGAGAAAACUCGUUCUCAGUUGAAAUCCUACAUAGGUCACAAGGCAGAACAGCUUUAUGUUUACAGAUCGCUACCCCUUGGACAAGAUCGGAGGCGCAACCGAUAUUGGCAGUUUUCUGCAUCUUCAUCGUCCUAUGACCCUGGUUCUGGAAGAAUCUUUUUUGAAUCUAGAGAUGGAUACUGGAGGGUCAUUGACUCAGCUGAGGCAUUUGAAGCUUUGGUAGCCUCCCUUAAUACUCGUGGCAUCCGAGAGUCACAUCUGCACUCAAUGUUGCAAAGUAUUGAGCCAACCUUUAAGGAAGCUGUUGAGAGGAAAAAGUGUUCCACUUUAGAACAGCCAGCUGGACGGAUUUUGAAAAAUGGAAGUAAUGAGAUAAUAAGCCCAAAUCGUGUCAAUGAGUUUGGAAGUCCGUGCAGUACCCUUUCUGGUGUUGCUUCUGAUAACCUUUUGGCACACUCAGAUACUUUCAAGAUAGAGCUUGGGCGUAAUGAAGCCGAGAAGAUUGCUAUCUCAAAAAGGGCUUAUGUGUUUGUGAAAUGGAUGUGGAGGGAGUGCUACAGUCACCAAUCUACAUAUGCCAUGAAAUAUGGAAAGAAGCGGUACCCUGAGUUGAUUCAAUCUUGUGACCAUUGCUACCAGAUUUACUUAACUGAAGAAAGGCACUGUUCCUCUUGCCACAAGACGUUCAAACCCAUUCAUAAUUUCUUGGAGCACUCAUCACAAUGUGAAGAAAAAAAGAGAGCAGAUCCUAAUUGGAAGAUGCAAAUUGUGGACCAUUCUGUGCCCAUAGGAUUGAGAUUGCUGAAACUGCUCUUAGCUACCAUUGAGGCUUCAGUACCAGCAGAAGCUCUACAACCAUUUUGGACGGAUGGGUAUCGAAAAUCUUGGGGUGCGAAGUUGUACUCUGCAUCGUCUGCUGAAGAAGUCUUGCAGAUGCUCACUAUGCUGGAAGGUGCAAUAAAGCGAGAUUACUUGUCAUCUAACUUUGAAACAACAACUGAGUUGCUUAAUUCGAACACACAAGAUACUAACCAGAAUUCUGUUGCACGUUCUGGAUCUGUUACUGUACUUCCAUGGGUUCCUGAUACUACUGCUGCUGUUGCCUUAAGAUUGUUAGAUUUGGAUUCUUCUAUAUCAUAUACAUUUCAUCCAAAAGCAGCAUCAAAUAAGGAUCGAGAAGCUGGAAAUUUCACGAAUCUUCCACCGAGGUAUCCUGCUAUUAGGAACAAACAAGAAAUAGAACACUUUGGAGUUAUUGGUUUUGACCAACAAGAUGGAAUGCUGCUAGCUAACAGCAAUGGUCGUAGAGGUCGUGGACGUGGAAGUCGAGGAGGUAGCAGGGGAGGUAGAUCCCGUAGUCGUGGUGGCAAGGUUCCUAGAGGUAUUAGCAGCUCUUCCAGGAUUCAGUUCAGGAAUGACAACAAUAUUUCAUAUGAGAAAGGCCCUCGGAAGAUUGCAAAGAAUACCCGUGGGCGUGGCCGCGGCCGCGGGCGUGGGCGUGGGCGUGGCCGUGGUCGCGGCCGUGGACUUCGAACAGUUAGACCUCGCCAACCGUCUGAGCUCGGCACUAGAUCAAUUCCAAAGGCAAACUUACUGGGCAGCUUUAGCAUGUUAAGUAAGGCAAACCAUUCUGGAACGGUGCAUUCUCCUGAGAGCUCGGGCGCAGAAGAAUGGGCCUUGGAGAGAAGGGAAUAUGUUGAAGAUGAUGACAACAAUUCGUUAUCUCAAUCCGAUGAAUCAGAAGAAAAUGAGGAGAAUGGUGAGCCCAUGAAUGAGGAAUAUGAUGAUGAGCAGCAGGUCCCAGGUUAUCGAAGGGACAAUUCAAAGUCCAGCCCCCUACAGAUGAUGGAUGAUGGAAGCGAGGAUAAUGAUGAUGAUGCUGAAGGAGAUGAAGAGGGUGAUGAUGGAGAGGACUAUGAAGCGGAAGACGCUGGUGGUGACGACGACGACGAUAUCGAUAUGGGAGGGGAUGGUGAUGACGAUGACGACGAUGAUGAUGGCGGAGAUGGAGUGGCAAAUGCAGAUGUGGAUGAAGGUGGUACUUCAUAUUCUUCAGAGUAUAGCGAAUGAUGCGAGUAUUGAAAAAUUGCCCGGCAGUACAUGAUGUAUUUUAGGCUAAGCACCUCCGCAACCAUCAACGCAACUGCUGAAUUAGAAACUAUUGAAGAGGCAGUCUGUCUGGUUUUGUUGUUGAGGCCUGUUGUUAGUCUAUGACUUAGGUCAUUCUCUGUGUAUACGACUGUUCAAAGUUUUUUUCUAAAAAAAGAGCUGCAUUUAGCUGCAUCUGUUGUGGUA